AACAGUCCCUCUCUAUCAUCUUUUUCUCACCCCUUACUGUCAAUAAUGCUCUUCAUUCUGAUUACUUCUGUCAGCUCCAUUCCCUGAAUUUAGACACCAUAAUCCCACCAAAAGUCACGAAAAAACAAAGAGAGAGAAAAAGAGAAAAAAAGUUUACAAGUCUUCCCAGAAUUACAGUAUUUGGUAUUUGAAUUCACAUAUUUUCUUCGAAGAACCAGAUUGCUCUGUUUUUCCCCCUUUUUGAAGAUGCCAAGACCUGGCCCACGGCCCUAUGAGUGUGGUAGAAGAGCUUGGCACAGUGAUACACACCAUCGCAUUAGAGGUUCUCUAAUUCAAGAAAUCUUCAGGAUUGUGAAUGAGGUUCAUAGUUCAGCCACGAAGAAGAACAAAGAGUGGCAAGAGAAUCUGCCCAUUGUGGCCUUGAAAGCUGAAGAAAUUAUGUAUUCUAAAGCCAAUUCUGAGGCUGAGUAUUCAGAUCUUAAAACUCUUUGGCACCGAGUAAACGAUGCUAUUGACACUAUAAUUCGAAGAGACGAGAGUUCGGAAACUGGGGAACUUUUGCAGCCUUGUAUUGAAGCUGCUCUGUAUUUGGGCUGCACUCCGAGAAGGUCAUCCAGAAGUCAGCGAAACGACACGCCUAGAUACUACCUUAGGCCUGAUGCUCCAGACGCCAUCUCUGUUCCACCGAGCAAUUUGGACAGCAAACUUCUUGGCAAUUAUACAUCGAAAAGCCAACUGAUGUUACAGUAUUCAAAACUUAUGACCUCUACCGCCAUAAAUUCCACAUUUUCCAGCUCGAAUGUUGACAGUUUAGUUGUCCAAAACAGAGAUUAUGAUAGCAUGAAAUUUCCCAUUUUACCAAAGAAUUUGAUUCCCAGUAAUAACUACCAAAGUGCGCCAGUACAAACUUCGUGGCCAGUUUAUCCAUUGUAUUAUGCAGAUCAACUUCAAUUUGAUGACCCAAAGCUUAGUUUAAAGAAGCCUUCCAAUUCGUAUUCUCACCCCAAAGAAAAUGAUAUCAGUGCCAUACAAAACCAUUCCUCUUUUGAACAAGAUCCUCCUAACAUUAAUUUACCAGUCGAAUUCGAUUCUAUUAAUCCUUCUGAAAUCCAAUGUGAUUUGUCAUUGCGGUUGGGCUCUCCAGCUGUUUCAUGCAAGAGUAUGGAGAAUGGUCGUCCCCGAGAAGAGGAAAAUGGUAAUUUGGACAAUACUCGAGAGGGAAGAAGCAAGUUAAGCGAGGAUUUCUCAUUCUUGAUUCAGACUAAGAACGAGCAAGUUUGUUGGCAGUUGAGCCUCAAUUCAAUGAAUGAAUGAGCAUUUGCCUCGAUGAAUUAACUUAGAUUUCUUUAGUUUAAAAUUUUAUAAUUACAAGCCAGGCUUGUACUUUUCUUGCAAUCUUUGCGGUAUUUUGCAUGUUUGAAAUCCCUUGAGAUGACAAAUUACUAUAAAAUAGUGCAACUUCCAUAUGUUUUUCGUAA